UCUCCUAGGUGAUGUUGCAGCCAAGAUGGCGCCGGCGGAGGCCGCGGCUGCUUGAGCGCGAUGCCCCUGGUCCUUGGCAGCAGCGGUGGCCUCGGCCGGGGUCUCGGGUCUGUCCCGAGCGUGAGCGCUCAGGCGCCUCUCCUCCGGCCGGAUUAACCCGGACACAGAAGAGACGGCCGCGAAAAGAGGAAGCUGUGAGGAACGGAGAGGGAGCGCGCCGCCUCCCGCCUCGGCACCAUGGCUGGGCUCAUUAAGAAACAGAUUUUGAAGCACCUCUCCAGCGAUCCCUGCUGGCUGUGGUGGAGAUUGGUGUGCUGUGAAUUUCAUAAUCACCCAAAUGAGUACCAGAGGAGUCUAAGAAACCCUGGCAACUGACUACUUGCUUUCACCAGGAAUAGGGAGCUUUUGUCUGAAUUUCCUGCCCUCAGAUUUACCAAAAAUUUGUCUCCUGACAAGAUAAAUCUAAGUACCCUUAAAGGAGAAGGUGAACUAAAGAAUUUAGAGUUGGAUGAAGAGGUGCUCCAGAAUAUGUUGGAUUUGCCAACAUGGCUUGCUAUCAACAAGGUUUUUUGUAAUAAAGCAUCUAUUAGGAUUCCAUGGACAAAACUGAAAACACAUCCCAUAUGUUUGUCCCUGGAUAAAGUAAUAAUGGAAAUGAGUACAUGUGAAGAACCACGAAACCCUAAUGGCCCAUCACCAAUUGCAACUGCUUCAGGACAAAGUGAAUAUGGCUUUGCUGAAAAAGUAGUUGAGGGAAUUACUGUUUCUGUAAAUUCCAUUGUCAUCCGCAUCGGAGCAAAAGCCUUCAAUGCAUCCUUUGAACUUUCCCAGCUACGAAUCUAUAGUGUAAAUGCAAACUGGGAACAUGGAGAUUUAAGAUUUACUCGUAUUCAAGACCCACAGAGAGGAGAGGUUUUGACAUUUAAAGAAAUAAAUUGGCAGAUGAUUCGAAUAGAGGCAGAUGCUACCCAAAGCUCACAUCUUGAAAUUAUGUGUGCUCCUGUUCGAUUAAUAACCAACCAGUCAAAAAUCAGAGUUACACUUAAAAGAAGAUUAAAGGACUGCAACGUCAUUGCAACAAAGUUAGUUCUCAUAUUAGAUGACUUACUAUGGGUUUUAACGGAUUCCCAGUUAAAGGCUAUGGUACAAUAUGCAAAAUCUCUUAGUGAAGCAAUAGAAAAAUCAACAGAACAAAGGAAGAGUAUGGCUCCUGAACCUACACAGAGCUCUACUGUAGCCCUAUCUACCCAGCAAGUGAAGACACCACAGACUUCAAAUGCUCCUGAUCUAAAUGAUGCAAUUGUGAAACUAUUCAAUGACUUUGAUGUUAAAGAAACCUCCCAUCAUUUAGUGAUUUCUCAUCUAGAUCUACACAUAUGUGAUGAUAUUCAUGCUAAAGAAAAAGAGUCAAACAGACGUAUUACUGGAGGGGCUAUGCAACUGUCUUUUACACAGCUAACUAUAGAUUAUUAUCCUUAUCACAAAGCAGGAGAUAGUUGUAAUCAUUGGAUGUAUUUUAGUGAUGCAACCAAAACAAAAAAUGGAUGGGCCAACGAGUUAUUACAUGAAUUUGAAUGCAAUGUUGAAAUGCUUAAACAGGCUGUAAAGGAUCAUAAUGUAGGUUCACCUCCUAAAUCCCCAACACAUGGCUCUCCUCAGCACACACAAACAGAGAAAGACUCAACUCUGAAAGGGACUUCCAAAGCACCUUCAGUAUUAUCUCAACAAUCCAAAGCUAAAUUAAUGUCCAGUUCUGUUGUGGUUAGACUUGCAGAUUUCAUUAUAUACCAGGUCUCUACAGCAGAACAGUGUCGUUCUUCCCCUAAAAGUAUGAUUUCUUGCAAUAAAAAAUCACUGUAUCUUCCACAAGAAAUGUCAGCUGUCUAUAUAGAAUUCACAGAAUAUUACUAUCCAGAUGGAAAGGAUUUUCCAAUUCCAUCUCCCAACCUUUAUAGCCAGCUGAAUGCACUACAAUUUACUGUGGAUGAAAGAAGUAUUCUAUGGUUAAAUCAGUUUCUGUUGGAUUUAAAACAGAGUCUUAAUCAAUUUAUGGCUGUAUACAAGUUGAAUGACAAUUCAAAAUCUGAUGAGCAUGUUGAUAUUCGAGUUGAUGGCUUAAUGCUAAAGUUUGUCAUUCCUUCUGAAAUGAAAUCUGAAUGUCAUCGAGAUCAACCACAUGCAGUUUCUAUUCAGAGUUCCGAAAUGAUUGCUACAAAUACACGGCACUGUCCAAACUGUCGACAUUCUGAUCUAGAAGCUUUGUUUCAAGACUUUAAAGAUUGUGAUUUUUUCAGUAAAACAUACACUAGCUUCCCCAAAUCUGGUGACAAUUUUAAUCUUCUGCAUCCAAUCUUCCAGAGACAUGCUUAUGAACAAGAUACCAAAAUGCAUGAAGUUUAUAAAGGAAAUAUUAUUCCCAAGUUGAAUAAACACACUCUUAAAACUUCUGCUGCCACAGACGUUUGGGCUGUGUAUUUUUCUCAAUUUUGGAUAGAUUAUGAAGGGAUGAAAAGUGGAAAAGGACGGCCAAUAAGUUUUGUAGAUUCUUUCCCUCUUUCCAUCUGGAUUUGUCAACCAACAAGGUAUGCAGUGUCACAAAAAGAGCUGCAGACUUGUAAUCAACUAUCUCUAAAUACAUCACAAAGUGAAUCCAGUGAUCUGACUGGCCGGUGGAAGCGGAAAAAGCUCUUGAAGGAGUAUUAUAGUGCAGAGUCUGAUCCCUCGACAAAUGAUAGUCAGAAACCUCCUUCGGAUACAUUUUUAAGAUUUUCCUCUUCGUCGUCAGAUGCAGAUAUUCAUGUCUUGGUUCGUGUUCAUAAACAUGUCAGUAUUCAGAUCAAUCACUACCAGUAUUUGCUCCUGCUUUUCCUCCAUGAGUCACUUAUUGUACUUUCAGAGAAUCUGAGGAAAGAUGUAGAAGCUGUGACUGGCAGUCCUGCUAGUCAGACAUCCGUUUGCAUUGGAAUUUUACUUAAAAGUGCGGAAGUGGCUCUUUUGCUACAUCCAGUGGAUCAAGCAAAUACCCUUAAGUCUCCUGUUUCUGAAAGUGUGAGUCCAGUGGUUCCUGAUUAUUUGCCUACAGAAAAUGGAGAAUUCUUGUCUUCAAAGAGAAAACAAGUUAGCAGUGGUAUAAAUAAAAUUAGAAGUGUAGCUGUCAAUCAUAUGUCAGACAACAGAUCUAUGAGUGUUGACCUUAGCCAUGUCCCUUUGAAGGAUUCUUUGCUUUUUAAAUCAGCUAGUGAUACAAAUCUGCAAAAGGGUAUUUCUUUUCUGGAUUAUUUAUCAGAUAAAAAUUUAGGGAAAAUAAGUGAAGAUGAAAGUAGUGGAAUUGUUUGCAAAAGUGACUCAGGAGAAAUUGGAUCAGAAACAAGUGACAGAAAGAAUUCAUCUUGUACAGAUUCAAACAGUGUCUUAAACUACAGAGAAGAUUCAAGUAUGCUGUCAUUUGAUAAUAGUGGUCAUCAAAACAUACUUUCAAAUAAUAUAAAUAGUAAAGGAAAUGAAACCAUAGAGUUGAUCUUUAAAGGUGAAGGCUUGCUUCCAGAAACAGCUUCACUCUCUGAGAACUUGGAAAUCAGUAAAGAAGAAGCACCCACAGUAAGGACACUUAAAUCACAGUCAUCUUUAAGUGGAAAGCCUAAGGAAUAUUGCCCACCUACCCUGGUUCCACUCUCUGUUUCUUAUAAGAACAUGAAAAGAAGCCCCUCACAAACCUCAUUGGAUACCAUUUCACUUGACAGCAUGAUAUUGGAAGAACAGUUGUUAGAAAGUGAUGGAAGUGAUACUCAUAUAUUUCUGGAAAAAGGUAUUAAAAAGAACUCAACUACAAAUUACCAGAGCCCAGAAGAGAGCACAAAUGCCAGUGCAAACCUACAGAAUUAUGGUAAAACCUCUCCAGAUGCCAUCAGUACAAAUUCAGAGGGUGCUCAAGAAAGUCAUGAUGACCUGAUGUCAGUUGUGGUGUUUAGAAUUACUGGUGUUAAUGGGGAGAUUGACAUCCGAGGGGAAGACAUGGAAAUCUGUCUUCAAGUGGACCAAGUGACACCAGAUCAAUUAGGCAAUAUCAGUCUUCGGCAUUACCUUUGUAAUCGUCCAGUAGGGUCAGACCAUAAAGCAGUAAUUCAUUCUAAAUCCUCUCCUGAGAUUACUCUGAGAUUUGAAAGUGGGCCCGGUGCUGUAAUACACUCUUUGCUUGCAGAAAAAAAUGGAUUUUUGCAAUGCCGUAUAGAAAACUUUAGCACUGAGUUUCUUACAUCUUCUCUUAUGAAUAUUCAGCAUUUUUUGGAAGAUGAAACUGUUGCAACAGUAAUGCCAAUGAAGAUACAAGUUUCUAACACAAAAAUAAAUUUAAAGGAUGAUAGUCCUCGUAGUAGUACAAUAUCCCUUGAACAAGCUCCUGUAACCGUUCAUAUUGAUCAUCUUGUGGUAGAGAGAAAUGAUGAUGGCUCUUUUCAUAUCAGAGAUUCUCAGUUGCUUCACACUGGAAAUGAUUUGAGAGAAAAUGUCAAAAGUGAUUCAGUGCUGCUCACCAGUGGAAGGUGUGACCUGAGGAAACAAUACAGUGUCACUCAAGCCACUCAGACGAGUCCCGAGGUUCCUUGGCCUUUCCAGUCAUUUAACUUUCCUGAGUGCUCCAUUGACUUCACUAGGGAACAGCUCAUGGAAGAGAAUGAAUCUCUUAAACAGGAAUUGGCUAAAGCUAAAAUGGCUCUUGCAGAGGCUCAUUCAGAAAACGAUGCUCUUCUUCAUCGUAUAAAGAAGAUGACAAUUGAAUAGCAGAAGUGGCAAUCAAAAGCUCGAAUUAUAGCUCUGGAGUACAGAGGUUAUAUUUAUAAUGUGAUGUUACCAAUUAGUGGAAGACUUUCCUUUUCAUCAAAAGACAAUAAAAUGAAAUAGAAUGUGAUAAGGUGGUGACUAUUCCAAAGCCAGUUUAAAAAAUCCUAGGUACGGGCCUUACAAUCUUUUGGGUUGUUUUGUGUUUUGGGGUUUAACCCUGUUUUAAACUGGUGUGACACAGGAAAGUCAACACAUACGGUAAAAUAAUUACAUGCCUAAUGAAUAUGAGGUGUCAUUUCCUAAUUUUGAUAUUACAUUAUAAGCAUUUUUUUAAAAAGAAAAAUGAAAACCUAUUGUAUUCCCACAGAUUGCUGAAUUUAUUUAUCACUGUUUGUUAAUAAUUUACUAUUAUUUACAAAGAUUCAAAGGCUUUCAGGGCUAAUGUAAAAUAGAGGGUUACAUUUUAAAUGUUAUUAAAAUUAUGUAUUUAAAUCUGUAACUAUUUAAUUACUGUAAAAAAGUCAAAUCAGAUUAAUAAAUUACAUAAUUACUGGGUUUGAAAAUUAUGGAAAAUUAUCACCCUACUGAACUUAUGAAGUAACUUGGAAAUUGGAAGGAAAUCAUUUUAAAUGAUGGGUACGCUGUAUAAGUUGAAGCUAUAAUAUACAACAAAAAAGAUGGUACAAAUUUUAAAAUAAAAAGCACAAGCUGUGAAAAAGCAAAGCAUUAGAGUUAUAUGGUCAACUAAUUUAAAAGCAUUACUUAUACGUUCCUUUAAACGUUUAUUCUUAGAAGUAGGAGAGUAAUUUAACUAUCCUGCUAAAUUUGGCAGCAUUUGUAACUGUAAGAAUUUUAAUUAAUACUAUUUGUAUUAUUUCUUUACCUUCAUCUUCCUCUAUUUAAGGAGGGGAAUGUUUUCAGAGAAUUUUCUUUUCACAUACAUAGAACAAUUUCAUACCAUUCGUGUAAUAUCAUAUUAGGUGGAUAUUUGUACAUUUCAAAUUUAUAAUACUAGUUUUGAUUAAAGUUCUAUGUGACAUAUAUUAUCGUCUAUAAGAAGAGUAACUGGUAAAUAUUGAACUCUAUUUUCUAGGGAUUGUUAUGGUUGAAACUAGCAUGAGAGAGAAUCGCAAUCACAUAUUAUGAAAUAAAAGUUCAUGAGUGUUUAAGAAACAGAAGCUUUUAACAGUUUAAAAUAUAUUUCUGAUUGAAUUAAACUAAGUGGGGUGUAUUUUAAAAUUCAUGAUAGAACAUGAAAUAGCUGGACUACGCUUUCUUUAAGAUACUUGAAAAUUUUCAGAUUUUCAGCCAUAUUAAGACACUUUUUGGUGCUUUGUUUGGCAUGACUUAUAUACCCAUCCCUCUGUCUAAGUACUUGGAGGGGAAUACAUAUUUCAUUUUACAUUAAGUGUUGGAGUGAUUUUAGAUUUUAUGGAAAGCAGUGCUGGCCUUUCUUUUUUCUAUAAUGUCCGUUUUUGUGGAUAUUAUUUUAAAAUGCCCUGUUUUAGGAGCUAAGGAUACAGCAAAAAACAAGUUAAAUUGUUAGUAUUUUACCUCGAAGUAUUUUAAAAGUCAUGCUCAGCCAUUUUAAUCUAAGGUUAUUAUAUAGUCUUAGAUUAAAAGCAACGGUCUAAUUAAGGACUUCCGUUCUUAGUAGAGUACUUUUGAUCUGUAGGUAUAUAUUCAACAAAGGCAGUCUCUGUUACAGAAAAGCAGGAUUGAUGCGACCUUCAGUUCUUCAGAGUUCACAGUGUUUCUCAGGCUUGACCUACGUGCUCUAUAUAAAUUUUAAAUUAUAAUUUAAUUAAAAUAAAUCAUAAAUUUUAUGAUAUAAUUAUUUAAUGUUAUAGAAGCUGAAUGUUUUUCUUAUUCUUUUCAAUUUAUUUGGCCUUCUCAAGAAAAUCAUAUAAGUAGUAGAGAUAAUAAUUAAUAUGGGUCUGAGCAUUCUAUAUACUUUGUUGGAUUUUUAAAAAUGUACAGUGAUUACUAUUUUUAUAGAGAUUUAAAAUUCAUAAAACACUUGCAAAAACAUGAUCUCAUGUAAUUCCCACAGCAAACCUGGGAGGUAGGUAUUAUUCAUAUUUUAAAAGUUGAAUAAAACCCCUAAAGCUCA